AUGCCAGCGAACAACAAUUCGACAUCCAGAUUUUGCAGCUCAGCCGUUAGGACUACACGACGUUUCCUUGCAGACAAUCCAGACAUCUGCAUUGUUCGGUCCGACAAAGGGAACAAAACGGUCAUUAUGGAGCUCGAUGACUACGACCGGAAAAUGAAGCAGCUGGUGGAUGAUGAGAACACCUACGAAAAGUUGAAUAGGGAUCCAACUGGCAGCAUCGAAUCCAAGAACAAUCAAUUCGUCAAGAGGCUGAUGGAUCUAAAGCUCAUCGAUGCACAACAGGCAUACCGGUUGAAAAGUAAUACGGCUAUUUGUCCCCGUAUUUACGGUUUACCGAAGGCGCAUAAGCCGGAGCUUCCUCUGCGACCAGUAGUGCCGAACAUAACAAGUCCAACUUAUCAACUCUCCAAAUAUGUUAGCAACAUCAUCCAGGCAGCCACCAACUGUGAGUACAACAUUCGUGACUCAUUCACGUUUGCAGCUGAAAUCAAACACUUGAAGGUUCCUGAAGAUCACGUCAUAGUCUCGUUCGACGUGAUUUCUCUCUUUACAAACGUCCCGAAAGAACUGAUUCUCCGGGCCAUUAGAGAAGAUUGGGACCGUAUCAAGGAACACACACAGAUCAAUAUGUAUCUCUUCCUUGAAAUCGUGAAUUUUUGUUUGGACAACAGCUAUUUUAUGUUUCGUUCCCAAAUAUACUCGCAAAAAUUCGGCACAGCUAUGGGAAGCCCGCUAUCGCCAAUACUGGCGGACAUAGUGCUUAACAAACUGAUAACAACAGUCGUACAGAGCCUAGAUUUCGUAAUACUGUUCCUUAAGAAAUACGUAGAUGACUUUUUCAUCGUUCUACCCAGAGACAAAGUCCAAGCCACACUAGAAGCAUUCAACAACUACAACGAACGCCUACAAUUUACCGUGGAGGAAGAAAACAACGGCCGCCUCCCUUUCCUCGACAUACUGGUUAUCAGAAAUGAUGACCAAACAUUGUCGACCGAAUGCAAAAGGUCAACGUCGUCGCCAACUUCAUAA